UGGGCGGGCCCUGGAGAAGCCGCGGGCGGCCGGCAGCGGCCCGGGAGCUGCUGCUGCUGCUGCGGCGGCUGCACCCGCGGCGCCGGAGCCGAGGUGGGGGCCGGUGUGAGCGCUCGGCAGACGUGUUCGAUCCGCGCGGCUCGGCUGCACUGGCUCCUGCGGCUGCCUAGGCGUCUCGGCUGGUCGGUGCACGGCCUCGGCGAGGAUGCGGCUGUUCUGGUGGCUGCUGAAGCAGCCGGUGCCAAAGCAGAUCGAGCGCUACUCGCGUUUCUCGCCAUCGCCGCUCUCCAUCAAGCAGUUCCUGGACUUCGGGAGAGAUAAUGCGUGUGAGAAGACUUCAUAUAUGUUUCUGCGAAAGGAGCUUCCUGUACGACUGGCUAACACGAUGAGAGAAGUUAAUCUUCUGCCGGAUAACUUGCUUAACCGCCCUUCGGUGGGGUUGGUACAGAGUUGGUAUAUGCAGAGCUUUCUUGAACUCCUAGAAUACGAGAAUAAGAGCCCUGAGGAUCCACAGGUCUUGGAUAACUUUCUGCAAGUUCUGAUUAAAGUCAGAAAUAGACACAAUGAUGUGGUUCCUACAAUGGCACAAGGAGUGAUUGAAUACAAGGAGAAAUUUGGGUUUGAUCCGUUCAUUAGCAGUAACAUCCAGUAUUUUCUGGAUCGGUUCUAUACCAACCGCAUCUCUUUCCGCAUGCUUAUUAACCAGCACACUCUUCUGUUUGGUGGUGAUACUAAUCCGGCUCAUCCUAAACACAUAGGAAGUAUCGAUCCCACCUGUAAUGUGGCUGACGUAGUGAAAGAUGCAUAUGAAACCGCCAAGAUGCUGUGUGAACAGUAUUACCUGGUCGCCCCAGAGCUGGAAGUUGAAGAAUUUAAUGCCAAAGCUCCAGACAAACCUAUUCAGGUAGUUUAUGUGCCCUCUCAUCUGUUUCACAUGCUGUUUGAGUUGUUCAAGAACUCAAUGAGGGCAACAGUCGAACUCUAUGAAGACAGGAAAGAAGCCUACCCGUCUGUUAAAACCCUUGUUACUCUGGGGAAAGAAGACCUAUCCAUUAAGAUAAGUGACCUAGGUGGUGGCGUCCCACUUCGAAAAAUAGACCGUCUUUUUAACUACAUGUAUUCAACUGCUCCUAGACCUAGCCUGGAGCCUACAAGAGCUGCCCCUCUGGCUGGAUUUGGUUACGGCUUGCCAAUUUCUCGCCUUUACGCCAGAUAUUUUCAGGGAGAUCUGAAACUCUAUUCCAUGGAAGGGGUCGGUACUGACGCUGUCAUUUACCUGAAGGCACUUUCAAGUGAAUCAUUUGAGAGACUUCCAGUUUUUAAUAAGUCUGCCUGGCGUCACUACAAGACCACACCUGAAGCUGACGACUGGAGCAAUCCCAGCAGAGAACCUCGGGAUGCUUCAAAAUAUAAGGCGAAACAGGACAAGAUCAAGACCAAUAGAACUUUGUAGAGAACGGAAUGCAUCUGUCCUCUCUGAAGAAAGAUCGUCUUCUGCAAGUCAACCAGAGAGAACUCUUUUCCUCCACCAACUUUGAGCAAAGCACAUAGUCACUACAGUGCUUGAAUGUCUUAUUUUCUCUACAUGAGCUGGACCUUUUCCAGAGAAACCUUCUGUAGCUGCUCCAUAUCUUCACUAAAGUAGCACCUUGAGCAAUU